UACUUGUGAUCUUUGGGUCACCGUAUUUAUUCCGAGCCUGAGUCCCGGCCUUAUUUAUAUACGUCCGUCCUCAACAACAAGACACUCUGUGACGACAUUUUUCACGGUCGUUUCACAAAGGGUUGUUUCCCCCUGUGAACGACAACUGAGCAAAAGAAUAAUUCCCAAUUGGUCUGUUGUCACUACCUGUGCUAGGGUAAGACUGUAUACCAUGCAAGGGUAGGAAAACCUACUAGGUUGAGGAGUCUAAGCCUGGUUGUCGCGCCACCCCCCAUGCUUUAUACUUGACACAACUUCAUCAUGCGUGUAAGUUGAGAGCCGCACCGACACUGAACCGAAAUGGAUGAGAUUGAAUCGUGGCCAUGUGACUCUAGUGAGUAUUCUCUAGAACAUCUGAUUGGCCGCGGUUCAUUUGCCAAGGUUUAUACAGCCACGUGCGCUAAAAAGCGCUCCGAUGGGGUUCAGCGUGUUGCCCUCAAAGUGAUGGACCUUGAACACAUUAAUACUGAAAUUGCAGAUAUUUCCAAAGAGGUUCAGAUGAUGCGAAUGUGCCACCACUCGAAUGUGCUGUGCUGUCACGCUUCAUUUGUGAGCAAAAGUGAGCUUUUCCUUGUUACGCCUCUGAUGGAAAAGGGUUCUUGCUUGCGCAUUAUGCGUGUUGCGAAACGACAAGGUCGGGGGGAAGGGCUUGCAGAGCAAUGGCUUGGUUAUGUGUUGUUUGAAAUUUUAAGCGGACUUGGAUACCUUCACGACAAUGGUCAUAUUCACCGUGAUAUCAAGGCAGGAAACAUUCUGCUUGAUCCGAAUGGCAAAGCAGCUCUAUCAGAUUUCGGAGUUUCCUCGUGGCUGGUUCACGCUGGACUUAGGCGCCGAACUGCAAAAACCUUUGUUGGGACCCCGUACGUGCCCACAUCCUCUAUAUAAAUAAUAUAAGCAAAAGAUAAACACAGAUGUUGGAUGGCACCUGAAGUCAUGGAGCAAGUUGAAGGAUAUGACUACAAAGCUGAUAUUUGGAGCUUUGGGAUCACUGCAUUGGAGCUAGCCAAAGGAUUUGCGCCAUAUGCACUUCAUCCACCAAUGAAAGUCCUCUUGCUGACGAUUCAGGAGGAGCCGCCAUCACUGCGAAGUUAUGCCACUGAAAAAUCCUGCACUGGUGCGCAUGUUGUCAUUUACAACUUUAUCCUCCUAGCACAGGUGAAUCAUUCUCCCGUUCAUUCAAAGAAAUGGUGCGCAUGUGUCUCCAAAAAGAGGCACGCAAACGCCCCACGGUGCAAACGCUGAUGAACUGUAAAUUUUUCAAGACCAAGUGGCCUGUUGGUCCCUUAGUCAAUGAGCUCUUGUGCCAUGUGGGUAAUAUUUCUGUCAUGUGCCGUCGUUUCAAACUGUCAAAUUAUUUUCUUCAAUGAAUUUUCUUCUGUUGCAGAUACCUGAUGAAUCCAAGUCCUCACAAGCAAGUUCCUUGUAUCUCACGACAGAUGUGGGUCUAUCAGCGCUUGCCUAGAAUUUAUCUGUCCUUUGGAGUUUUUGGCUUGUACUAGGGAUACAAUGAAAAUGACACAGUUAUUUUCAAUGAGGAUGCGAGUUGCCCAGGGAAAACCCUGCGGCAAGGCUCGAGUGAAGCAGAGGCAAUGGCCUUAGUAAUUGUCCGUGUUUAGAUUUUUGGUGUAGUACAUCUAUGCACCAACAGGCAAAUAAGACACCUCUGCAGGGAGAAAGUGGCGAGUUUGUUCGUGGGACAACCUGGACUUUCGAAGACGGUUCUAAAAACAGCGACCAAUGUCAUAUUUAUGAUACAUGCUCAUAAUAUUUUUUUUAUGAACAGGCCAUGGAAUCGUACUAAAGUCAGAAUCCCAUAUUCGCCAAGAGAUCGACGCUAAGUGUGCUCAAGAUGAUCAAGAGUGUGCUGCAAUUUUUGAUGAUCUGGAAGACCUGAUGAACCAGAGGGGCGGCGAGUGGGAUUUCAAGAAAAAUCACGACGUUCAGAGGUGUAGCAGUCCAAGUCCAAGUCAACGUUUUGGAUCGGGCUAGUGGAACUUUUUAGAGAUACCUGGAGACAAUCCGACUGGUCCCUACUAGUCGCCUACUAGUAGGUGAAGGUAAGUGAUGGCACAGAGGGCCGCCAUAUCCUUUUGCUUCACUCGCCAACCAGCUGAAUACAUUGUGUGAUAAACAUACCAGACAUAGUAGUGGAUUAUUAUAGUUUGACUGCGUGAAAAUAGCUGUUUUUUUUGCGCAAUUUAAGCUGCUUUGUCUGGGUGGCAUGAUUUGUUCGUUUUGACGCUGAAAAUGACUUUCAUCAUUCUGGAUCCUUUUCUCCGCUGCCCGCACUUCUGGUUGCAGAGUUGGCUCUAAUCGGCAAGAGGAUAACGUCGUAGCGUACAGAUCACGACGGUUGGAUACCUUGGCGCGAUCGUUUGUUCACCACCUUGUUAACCAGACCUGAGCCCCCCUUCCCUGAUGCCCUCGCGGGAUAGCGAGCGAUAGGCCUUCCCUGAUGACUCAUUUGAGAUAUUUGAGAUUCGAGGUCCCGGCAACUUGUGCGGGGGUGAUUUUGGCUGCGAAACGCUUUCGCGCGCCUUCGGGCUGGUGGGAGGGGUCACUUUCGCGAGACGUGGUCGCGAAAUUACCCUUAGGAGCCUAACGUGCGAGAAAAAUCUGA